AUGGACCCCGAUCUUUGCUUUGUAGCACCUCGCCUUCGCCAGGCGCUUCUACGGAGGGAGACUCCUGUCGAAUUAUUCCUUGAUAGGCCAGAGUAUAACCUCGUUACUCUUUUUGCCAGGCCUGUUGUUGUACACCCCCGGGAGUGGGAAAAAAAGAACGAUAAACCUAGACAUCCACCACUUUGUACUCAGGGAAACACCAUUCCACGCAAAAGGCGACGGUGCUCAGAGAGUUCCCGCGUACCACCCGAUUCUCUCGCACAAUCUGAGAUUUCUCUGUCUCGACUCCUUGAACUACCAGUUGAAAUCCUAUAUAUGAUCCGUGAUUUAUUGGAUUACAAUACUCUCUAUGGUUUGGGUCUUACCUGCCGGUGUCUCUGGGAAAUGGCGAAACCGAUAAUUAUACAGUUCUUUGCUGCAGAAUUGGGCACCUGGACCGGCACGCCUGUCAUUUGUGGGUUAUUGUCUCUCGAGGAUCUUUAUGAAUUGGACGAAGGGUUUGACACAGAUGAAGAAGAGGCUAUCUGGCCAGACGAGCCCGCUGGUAUACCCAUCAACUUAUUUCAACUGGCUGAUGCCCGAUACUUCUCCACAUUGGGCCCGAAUCCUCAACACACGCUUUAUUUCGCACCAAACCCCAAAUUAAGUUUCCGUGAAAAAGGGGAUAAAGGGCCUUUCCGGCAGAUGAGGGUCAAGUACUAUGGUGCUCAAAACCCUCUAUUUUCCAUCCCACCAACCAGGAAUGGGUUCUUAGAAACCUGA